ACGCGUCCCGAGCACACCGCUAGCAGACGCGUAGUGCGAAUCGCCGACAGUUGCGCGCGUUUGUGAUUGAUUUCACGCCUUGUCGAAGAGUGUCGGCACGCCGAAAAGGCGUCGCGACGCUUUGGGAAGCUCGAAAAUUUGUUCCUUUUCGGGUGGCCACGUUUCAAUCGGCGCGAAACAGUGAGGGGGCACGUAUUGUUGCGAGUUUGGGCUAGGCCUACGCAUAGGCCUAGCGCCCAAACGACAGCUCUCCUACGGUCGCCGGGGGUCCCGCUAAGUAAAAGAGAGAAAAGAAAAGAAAAAGGGUGCAGUGUGGUUUUUUUUCGGUGUGCGGUGGUGGUGGGCGAUGGCCACGCUUAGCCAAGGGAACAACAACUUCGCCUUUCACCAGUUCUCGGCGUCAACGAAAGACGUGGUCAACAAGUCCAGCGAGCCGACGGAUUGUGCCAAGGAUCCAUCGACGCCUUCGCAGCAACAACAGCUCGAGUCGGCGGGACAGCAGGAUGUGGUGGUCGCUAGCUCGGAGGUGAUGGAUCAACCUGCCGCCGCCGGCGGCACCGAGGCUGACCCGAGCCCUGUGAUCGACAUUGUGAUAAACAACGUGGUUUGCAGCUUCAGCGUGCGCUGCCAUCUCAACCUGCGUCAGAUCGCUCUGACUGCCUCCAACGUGGAGUAUCGACGCGAGAACGGCAUGCUCACAAUGAAGAUUAGGACACCUUACACAACAGCCAGCAUGUGGUCCUCUGGGAAGGUCACCUGCACGGGUGCCACCAGCGAGGAAACUGCCAAGCUGGCGGCGCGCCGUUACGCGCGCAUCCUCCAGAAGCUGGGCUUCCGGGUCAAGUUCAUGAACUACCGGGUGGUGAAUGUGUUGGGCACCUGCACCAUGCCAUUCGCCAUCAAACUCAUUCCAUUUUCCCAAAGCAACAGGCCCAUCGCCAGUUAUGAGCCGGAGUUGCAUCCAGGAGUCACUUACAAGAUCAAAGAUCUGAAGGCCACCUUGAAAAUAUUCUCGACGGGUAGCAUCACAGUCACAGCACCCAGUGUGGCCAACGUCCAGAGCGCCAUCGAACAGAUUUUCCCGCUCGUCUACGAGUACCGGAAAGAGCGGGGACCAGAAGAUGUGGCGCGCAUGGCGUUACGCGCCCAGCGCAAUGCCAACAAUCGCCCGCAGCCGCGGAACCACCAUCACCACGGGAACGCCGCCGUAGUGGCUGUCGAGGACGAGUACGACUCCUUCGAAGACGAGGAAGACCUGGACGAGGAGGAACUGAUGGACUAUCCCGACUCUGAUGAGAGCUGGGACUAGGAACGGCCCGCGAGGCUUGGGUGUUUUGUUGUUUUUGUUUUUCUCCCCCCCUGUAGUAGCUUUCCUCUACGGCGCUGCCACCCCGUCGACAUCUGACGGACGUUUCUCGCCCCGGAACUGCCGAUGUCGUUGCGGAGCAGGCCAGCCCUCCGCAGCUCUCUGCGCGUCGACGACCUCCUCCGGCGUGCGCGGCUUGUCUCGUGCGUGGCAGCUCUCUAGUCGUCACAAAACAUGCGUGGGAUGUGGCGGUGCGCCGCAAUACGUUUCUCCGAACUUCGGGGGGGUAGGAGCUUAAAAAUGAAAAAAAAAAGUUAAGAGCUGGCAGGAGUGUGUCUCGGGUGGUGGAGGGCGCUCCGUUGCCCCUCUGUUUCAGUGCAGGGAGUGUGUCCUCCAGUUGCCUUUUUUUUUUUUUCUUUUUCCUGCGGAGCACUGGUGGCUCUAUUGCCCGUCCUCGUCCAGCACUACCUACCUUGAUGUUACGGAAACAGCGUCCGACGAGCGUGCUUCCUUCCGCAUUUUGAAGAUGGGCUCGUUUCCGUCACGUACAACACAUCCGCCGUCCCCGUUUCCCCGACCCAAACUGUUCGUGUGUGUUACCUAGCUGUCGUGACUCCUCGUAUUCGAGACUGUGUUCUUCCGCUAUGUUCCCGCGUUCUGACAACCCCACGUUUUCUUGUUUUUUUUUCUCUCACUUUCUCGCUCUUCUCUCUAGUGGUCAAGGUGUUAGGAAGAUUACUGGAGUGUUUGUCUAGGGGUUGUUCGGAAAUGGACAAAGCCCCAUUUUUCAAAUCGUAGAAUCGAGGGCUCACGUUUGUCGCUAGCGUUGGAACAAACUCGCCGGGAACACGUGCUCGUACUGCGCAGCUGUCUCUUCCCCGCCCCCUUCCUGCUCCACCCCAUUGCCUUCCCUGAGGAGCUAGCAGUUCGCCGAAACACCCGAACCAAAGUCUUCGUUUGCGCCUACACAAGUUUACUGGCCGUACACACGACAUCGGGUCUAAAAAACCCCAUGACGAUCGGUUCAUUUUAUCGUCGGGUUGCAGGUAGAGCAAUAACUCGUUGCUACAGCUGAGGGCCUCGUUUUGCUACCAACUGGGGGGAAAGUACGCCUCGGAUGUGGACUUUUUUUCCUUUUUUGUUCCCCCCGAAGAGGACAUUGUGUUCAAGUGGCCCACUCGGGCGUACUGUUGAUUGAGCAAAGUGGAACUGCUUUUCUGCAUUUUUAAAGUGCGGGUGUUUCUGCCAUGACAGGCAUGGAAAGCUUAAUUUUUUUUAUAUAUGUAUUAAGAGAGAAGUUGCCAUCUUACGCUUGUGGGUGCAUUAGUGCUGUGGAUGCAUGUGUCGGUUGCAUGGAUGUAGUACGAGUCUUUGUCUCUUUUUUUUUUUAAUUCGAGUGUCGGACAUUAUGAAAUAAACAUGCCUUUUUUUUA